AUGACGCUCGUGACAAAGUGGAUGAUGCGACAUCAUCUCCAAGUGUGGCUAAUAAUUUCAUUUGUAAUUAAAUUAAGCAGUGGAUUGGCUUUUUAUGGAAAUGGGUUUGUGACCAUUAAACGAUUACCUCCACCGGAAUUGUGUACAACUGAGGCGUGUUUGGAGGAGGCGAUGGCCAGUGAUCCGCGACAACGAAGUCUUUUGGAAUUGAAAUAUCGGCUCUAUGAUAAUCCAUAUAAGUUACGAUUCCAGCCAGUGAAAGCUAUGCCACGUUUAUUUUGGCAUAAAUUUCCACAAAAACAACAAGAACAGACGACCACAAUGGCCCCCGCCACGGAAGAGCCGGAAGUUACUGAAAUACCCGAAGAACCAGAGGAACCAGAUGAACCAACCGAAGAACCCAUGGAGCCUGAAGUUACAGAGCCUGCUAUGCCGGAGACAGAGGCUCCACCACCACCAACAACACCCCCACCACCUCCUCCUCCCACUGAACCUGCUACGGAAAUGCCAACGGAACCGCCAGUGGUAACAAUUAUACCCACCAGCAGCCCUGAAACACCUUUGAGGCCACCUGGAACAACAUUUACCACCAUUAUGAAGCCACCGGGUUAUUUCCCCUUCAAUCUGGGUAACAAAUUGAAAAAUCUCCUGGUCUUCGGUUCGCCAUCCAAAGUGAAUCUCAUACAGAAACAUGGCCUAGUUCCAACGGCGAAAACGAAGAGUAAAGGUUUCCUGAGCCUCUUCGAAGUUAUCAAAUUUGCCAAUACCAAAUGUUCCGUAAAUAUGGGCGAUAUACGGUCCAUGGAGGGUAUUUGCUAUCAUGAAUUCGAGUGUAAAAAUCUGGGUGGCAUACCCACGGAGAGGUGUGCCGAUGGGGCAGGGGUGUGUUGUGUUUUCCUCACCGGUUGUGGUGAUACUACGGAUCAAUCGGUGGUUUACUUCGAAAGUCCCGAUUAUCCUCAACCAUUUCGUGAGAGCAUGAUUUGUGUGCUCAUUGUGAAUAUUCGUAAAAAUGUACAGCAGUUAAGACUGGAUUUUCUGAUGUUUGAGCUAAACCGACCAAUAGAUGGUGACUGUGAAGAGGAUCAAUUUGUGGUUUCGGGGCAAAAUAUUAACUUUGAGGUGCCGGUACUAUGUGGCAUCAAUACAGGACAUCACAUGUAUAUCCAUGUUGGCCACUCUCCAGACCGCAAGGUGUAUUUGUCAAUAUUUGCCAAGGUUCCCACAGGAUCGAGGUCAUUCAAUUUUAAAAUAACACAGUUAGAGGAUAAUUUGGCUCCCGAUGGUUGCUUGCAGUACUAUACAGAUAUGGAGGGUAUUGUCAAGUCAUUCAACUAUGAUAUCGAAGGAACUGUGGUGGACAAUAAAUUGGCAACCUAUUUGAACAACUUAAAUUAUGUCAUCUGUUUGGAACGUGGCAAAAAUACCUGCAGUGUGCAAUAUGUUAUGGAACAAAUUGGCAGCAGUUCGGAACAAUUGGAUUUUCAAAUAAUUAAUAAAAAUGAAGAUGAAAAUGAUUUGGUGCCCGAUGGCCAGGCCGGUGCUGGCAUCUUCAAUUGUCCCGAUGAUUUUUUGGCCAUCAAUCAGGUGCGCCUGUGCGGUGAACGUUUCAACGAUGGCUCCACAAAUGAAGAUUUCACCGUAAAUGCACCAGUUCGCGAUGUCGCGGCGGGACCAAUUAUUUUGCCCUUUCGCAGCAAUGACGAAUAUGUGGGACGUGGUUUUCGCUUGUCAUACCGCCAGGAAUCAUGUGUAUAAAAUUCG